AUGCGCAGCAAAGUACCCCCAGGCUCGUCCUCUCCUCGUCCUCACGUGCAGGUGGAUAACCACGGGCGAAUUAACUCGCCCAGUGAUGACAUCUGUGUAGCCUUGGCGAAGAACGCGAGCAAGGUGGGAAGUCCUACCGUGGCCUCCGGUGCGGCUAAGAAGAAGGCGAAGAAGGCGCCGAAUCCUGACGACAUCGUCGUGAACGAGACUCUGGGCAGCGACGAUGAGUACGCGGCGGCGGCGGGCCCGAUUCCCACGUUCCCUCAGAAGGUCACGCCGAAGGACCCCACCCUCCAUAAUCCCAACACCCGCCCACCUUCCCCUUGCAGCAAGGACACUAUGAGGAAGCGCCGCAGUUGGACCGUGUGUGAGAAGCUUAAGUGGGCGCGCCGCUAUCCGGAGCUCGGCUCCUUGAAGAAGACGAGCGUGGAGUCAACCGCGUCCAUCGCUUGCAUCAGACGCUGGAGAAUCGUGGUCCAAGCACAGGACAACGGGUGGAUGGACGAGAGCGCUGUGCAGACCUGGCUGUCCAAGGAGGUGCUGCCCCAUCUGAACCCCCAGCGCGGCCAGAACGCGAGGCGUGCAAGGCUGGUGUUGGACUCCUACCGCGGUCACAUCACCCAGACCAUGCUUCAGUCGUACCGCACGCACAGUAUCACCCCUGCAGUCAUCCCAGCGGGUUGUACGAGCCAGAUUCAACCCCUGGACGUCUCAAUCAACCGGUGCUUCAAGGCUGUUGUGCGAGCGCGCUACGCCAGGUGGUUCAUGCGUGAGGGGAUUCACCUGAAGACGAAGAAGGGGAACCUGCGGAGGCCGCCCCACCCCGUGGUGCUGCAGUGGAUCGCGGAGGCUUGGGAUCAAGUCCCCAAGCAGAUCAUCAUCCACGCAUUCCGCCAGUGUGGGAUCUCAAGCAAGCUGGACGGAACGGAGAACCACCUGGUGAUGUCUCACCUGCGCGCCAGGAGCACCACUGAUGUCUCAGCGGACAUGUCCCUCGGGGGGACCACAGGCGACAACACGCGCCUGCUCAGUCGGGCUCCAGAGGAGGAGGAGGAGGAGGAGGAGACGGCUAGGCAUGCCUGGUGA